AACAUACGACACAGUGAUACUGCGAUGUAUAAGUAGACCUUCGACUGAGGUGUCAGUUUCUGACUUGGUUUCCUACUUUGAGUCGACUAUGCGGAUGAUACUGUUUUUCCUUCUCCCCUGUCUGGGGAGUGUUUCUGCCAAAGAACCCCCUGAGAUUGAUAACUGUUCGGUGAUACAUCUUGAAUAUGUUGCGUGCUCCUGGGGUAACCAGCGCCCCCCAACUGUCAAUUACACAUUUAGCAGCAGGUUCAGUGAUGAGACUUUCGCAAAGUGCACCACUUAUGUGUUAGAGAACGGCAUCACCACCGGAUGUAACCAGUCCUACAAUAAACUGCACACCAGGAGGUUCGACACGUUUGAGACCAGACUGACCCACGGCAACAAUACCUUUGAGAAGAAGUUCACUCUGAAAGAGAAAGUCUUGUUAAACCCCCCCACCAACAUCACUGUCCAAAAUGGAUCUGACUUCAACCUGUACUUUUACUGGAACCAGACAUUUACAGAAUGUGUGGAGAGUGAGGUUCGAUUCCGAGCCAACAGCAAGAAAUGGGAGACGUCUACAGUCAGUUUUGGGAAACAGAGCUACAUCAUCAACUUACCUUCCAGCAGAUCUCGUUAUGAGCUACAAGUGCGUAGCCGAGUGCAUAAGGUGUGCGGAGAAUCCUUCCGUUGGAGUGACUGGAGUAGGCCUGCGGUCUGGGGAUCCAACAACAGCACAGACCCCAAAGCUGGAGAUCCUUCCAUGUCUGUGUUGACACCCCUGUUUUACAGUCUGGGGGCUUUCGUCUUUGUGCUACUGCUGGCAAUGCUUCUGUACCAUGAAAGGGUCCGAAUCAUCCCAAUCUCUGUGGUUCCAAAACCGUCCCUGGUUCUUUAUGACAUUGAGGAUUGGCUUCAGUUAUCCAAGGGCCUCAAGGGAAACUUUAAAACCAACUACACUGAGCGCACGUGCACCGUUCGCGAAUACUGUCAGGUGUCCCAGUCUCAAGACGACGACUCUGUCUCCUCCUCGGUCACCACCGACCAAACCGACUGCUCUGUCACCGUCCCUGAGGACAACUGUGAGGACCAGACUGCCUCCAGAUCAUCCUCCGCUUCUACAAUUGUUUUCCAGUCCGAGGAAAAAGAUCAGCUCUCAGAUUAGAAACCCUCUCAUCCCGGGAGGGGAUGUACAAUCUUAUGUUGACAAACAUCUUCUGCUAGGUGACACACACACAAUCCAAUCCAAGACAGUCCAGGAGUAAAGUAAUGUAGAUUUUGAUACACACAAAAUCUAUUUUUUUGUUUUUAAAAAAUCUAUUUUUUACACAAAAUCUAUUUAUUUCCAUGCAGUACCUUUUAUAGUUAGAUUAUAGUUAGUUAGAUCAUCGGGGCAGUGGUUUAGGAAGCGGACUUGGGUGUCAUAGCACUGUCCCCACACACUGCUGACUUUGGUGAUGGGUUAAAAGCAGAGAUCACAUUUCAUUGUGUGCAGUGGUGAGCUGUAUCACAAUGAACGAAGUAGUUCACUUUACUUCGCUUCCCUUUCCUAGAUGUUUUUUUUUAUUAUUGCCUUAUUUUCGAUAUUUUGACUUUUUGCAUUUUUAUAGAUUAUUUCAUGCAUAUAUCCUAUCCUUUGAAAACCAAAUACAUAAACAGUAAAAUU